GCAGGGACCCAGCCCACCCCCACCUCCUCCCCGCCCGCUGCCGUACAGCGCAUUCGGUGCCUGGUGGCUCUGCUGGCGGUGGCGCCGCUACAGGCCGGUGAUGCGGUGCUGCCCGAGGUCUACUCGCCCCACCUGGACCUGCACCAGCGCCUCACGCUGCUGGAGGCGCUGGAGGGGGCGGCGCAGGAGCUGGCGGCCGACCCGCGGGUCACUCCGCGCCUCGUGCAGGGGCCGGGCGGGGCGCCGCAGCUGGUGGAGGGCCCCCCCGGUGCCGCAUCCCGCCAGCUGCCACUGCAGGCGGGGACAGGACAGCGGGGGCAGCAGCAGCAACCGCAGCGGCAGCAGCAGCAGCAGAUAACGGCGGGUGGAGUGUGUGAAGCGGGCGGCGUUCAGCCAGCAGCCGGGGCGCUUGCGGGAGGAG